CAGACCAGGCGCGGAGGACGCGGCGGCUGGCGGGGCGCAGGCUGUGCGCGGCGGAGCGGUCCGCGCGGCGUUCCUGGAAAUCGCCGCUGCCCGUCGCAGCCAUGCGCUCGCUGUGGAGAGAAAUCCUCCUGGAGACCCUGCUGGGAUAUAUUUCUUGGUCUCUCUGCCAUGGCCUGCCACCGAUGAUCUAUUACUUUCCUCUGCAAACACUAGAACUCACUGGGCUUGAAGGUUUUAGCAUAGCAUUUCUUUCUCCAAUAUUCCUAACAAUCCCUUCUUUCUGGAAAUGGGUUAACAAGAAGUGGACGCUGUCCCUGCUGCGGAUAAUUACUGUUGGCAGCAUAGCUUCCUUCCAGGCUCCAAAUGCCAGACUUCGGCUAGUGGUCCUUGCCCUUGGUACGUCUUCCUCGCUGACAGUGCACGCCGUGACAUGGUGGACAGGAAGUGGUCUGCAAAGGUACCUCAGAAUCUGGGGAUUUGUUUUAGGACAGAUUCUUCUUCUUGUUCUUCGCAUAUGGUACACUUCACUAAACCCAAUCUGGAGUUAUCAGAUGUCCAACAGAGUGAUACUGACAUUAAGUACCAUAGCCACACUUGAUCGCAUUUACACAGAUGGUGACUGCAGUAAACCUGAGGGAAAAAGGCCUGGUGAGGCAGCCAGGGAGUCGGCUUCUCGCUCCAGCUGGUUGCUGGCAGGGGCUGCCUUUGGCAGUCUUCUCUUCCUCACUCAUUGGGUUUUUGGAGAGGUCUCUCUUGUUUCCCGAUGGGCAGUGAGUGGACAUCCUCAUCCAGGGCCUGAUCCUAACCCAUUUGGAGGUGCAGUUUUGCUGGGCUUGGCAAGCGGAUUGAUGCUUUCAACUUGUUCCUGGUUUCCUGGAACCAGUUUAAUGUGGUGGGUUACAGGAGCAGCUUCGGCUGCAGGUCUCCUUUACCUGCCCACCUGGGCAGCCGCUCUUUCUGGCUGUGUACUUGCCCUCUUCACAGCAUCCAUGUGGCCUCAAGUGCUUGCACAGCUUAUUAGUUCAGAGUCAAGCCCGGGGAAAACCAUGACCACUGCCAUGAUAUUUUACCUUCUAGAAAUAUUUUUCUGUGCAUGGUGCACGGCUUUUAAAUUUGUCCCAGGAGGCGUCUAUGCCAGAGAAAGAUCGGAUGUGCUUUUGGGGACAGUGAUGCUGAUUAUUGGGCUGAAUAUGCUCUUUGGUCCUAAGAAAAGCCUUGACUUUCUUCUUCAAACAAAGAACAGUCCCAAAGUGCUUUGCAGAAAGAGUGAGAAAUGCAUGAAACUUUUUUUGUGGCUGCUUGUUGGUGUUGGGUUAUUGGGAUUAGGACUACGACAUAAAAGCUAUGAGAAGAAAUUGGGCCAAGGGGCACCAACCACAGAGGUCUCUGUUGCCAUCUGGCCUUUCAGGUUUGGCUAUGAUAAUGAAGGAUGGUCUAGUCUAGAGAGAUCAGCUCAACUGCUCAAUCAAACAGGUGCAGAUUUCUUAACAAUUUUGGAGAGCGACGCUUCUAAGCCCUUUAUUGGGAACAAUGACUUAACCAUGUGGCUAGGGGAGAAGUUGGGUUUUUAUACUGACUUUGGUCCAAGCACAAGGGAUCACACUUGGGGGAUUAUGGUUUUGUCAAGAUACCCAAUUGUGAAAUCAAAGCAUCACCUUCUUCCGUCACCAGAGGGCGAGAUCGCACCGGCCAUAACACUGACUGUUAGCAUCUCGGACAAGCUGCUGGAUUUUGUUGUGACACACUUUGGGAAUCAUGAAGAUGACCUCGACAGGAAACUUCAGGCUAUUGCUGUUUCAAAACUACUGAAAAGUAGUUCUAAUCAAGUGAUAUUCCUGGGAUAUAUCACUUCAGCACCUGGCUCCAGAGAUUAUGUACAGCUCAUUGAACAUGGCGAUGUGAAGGAUAUUGACAGCACAGAUCAAGACAGAUGGUGUGAAUACAUUAUGUAUCGAGGGCUGAUAAGAUUGGGUUAUGCAAGAAUCUCCCACGCUGGACUGAGUGACUCUGAAAUUCAGAUGGCCAAAUUUAGGAUUCCUGAUGACCCCACUGAUUAUAGAGAUAAUCAGAAAGUGAUCACUGACCACCGGGAAGUUCCUGAGAAAAUUCAUUUCAAUCCCAGAUUUGGAUCCUACAAAGAAGGACACAAUUAUGAGAACACUCAUCAUUUUCAUAUGAGCACUCCCAAAUACUUCUUAUGAACUAUUUAAAACAAGAAUUCAUUGGCUGAGCAAGUCUAAGGAGAACGAAAGUAUAUAAUAUAAAAAGAGAUGAAUGAAAAUGGGAAACUACAUAUGAAGAACCUUAAUUUUGAGCAAACUAUGCCAUGCUAAAUCCUAUCAGUUUAUAAAACAAAUUG